UAUAAUUUUAACAUGGCCGACUUUGAUAAAAGUGAAGAAGCUUCUCCUGAAAUAAUGCGUAAAAAGUCAGAAAGUGAGAGCAAACCUAGUUUGCAGCAAGACGAGGACAGUGAAAGUGCAGAAGAACAGCCCCUAGAUAUUGGGGAGCAUUAUUUAGUACGAAGAUCCGAUGAUUCUUGGCAUCCUGCCGAGAUCAUACAGUCAAGAUAUAAUGAUUUGGAACGUCAAUAUGAGUAUUAUGUGCAUUAUGAAGGUUAUAACCGUAGAUUGGAUGAAUGGGUUCCCAGAGGCCGCAUUAUGUCUUCCAGAUUUAACAUGUCGGAGAGUGGUCAGAAAGGAGCUGUGGAUAUGAAAGUUUGGAGAGACAGACCCGUAAUAACAGACCUUCUCGCCGACAAUUCCGAUAGAAAAAUAACACGCAACCAGAAACGUAGACAUGAUGAAAUUAACCACAUUCAAAAAACUUAUGCUGAAAUGGACCCAACAACAGCAGCGCUAGAAAAAGAACAUGAACAAAUUACUAAAGUAAAAUACAUUGAUAAGAUACAAAUUGGACGGUUUGAAAUUGACACUUGGUAUUUUAGUCCGUAUCCUGAAGAUUAUGGGAGGCAAAGUAAACUUUGGAUUUGCGAAUAUUGCCUGAAAUACAUGCGUUUGGAGAAAAGUUACCGGUAUCAUAUGAGCGAGUGUACCCAGAGACAACCUGUCGGAAAAGAAAUUUAUAGAAAGGGAACAUUGUCAGUAUAUGAAGUAGAUGGAAAAGAUCAUAAGGUUUAUUGUCAGAACCUUUGUCUAUUGGCCAAGUUAUUCCUAGAUCACAAAACCUUGUACUUUGAUGUGGAACCUUUUCUAUUCUACAUACUGUGUGAAGUAGACAAACAAGGGGCUCAUAUUGUUGGUUAUUUCUCCAAGGAAAAAGAAUCCCCCGAUGGAAACAAUGUAGCAUGCAUUUUAACUCUUCCGCCGUAUCAGAGGCAAGGUUAUGGGAAGCUACUAAUCGCAUUUAGUUACGAAUUAUCCAGGCUCGAGGGCACCGUCGGUAGUCCCGAACAACCACUAAGUGAUCUGGGCAAACUGAGUUAUCGCAGUUAUUGGAGUUGGGUUCUUUUAGAAAUUUUGAGGGACUUCAGGGGAACUUUGUCCAUUAAAGAUUUAAGUCAAAUGACCAGUAUCACACAGACAGACAUAAUAUCCACUUUGCAAAGUAUGAAUAUGGUGAAGUACUGGAAAGGGCAGCAUGUAAUUUGCGUUACCCCAAAACUGGUGGACGAGCAUAUAAAGUCCAGCCAGUACAAGAGGCCCAGACUUUGCGUAGACAGCAGUGCCCUUAGAUGGACCCCUAGAAGACAUGCUAACAAUAAGCUAGGGAAAAAAUAGCAUACACUUAACGUUGUAAUUAGACAUAAAGUACUUUGAGUAUUUUACGUACAUUUGUGAUAUUACAUUUAAUUUCGUAAUUCUGUAGGAUAUGAUUUUUAUGAUUUUUUUAAGUACAAUUUAGUGGUAUGUUGUUCGUAAAUAAAUAAGUAAAAAAACAUAUUUUUUAUUUUUGUUGUACUGUAAACAGUUUGCCGCAAAUGGCAAAACCGCAAAAUUUUUUAAGCUGUGUUCUCUUCCAAUUACUUCGAACACGUCUUGAAUCAAUUUGAAUAUUAGUACUUGAAAUUAUUAUCUGUAGAGUCGUUCUUAAUGAAAUAAAAAGGUGUCUUUUUAUAA